AUGGCACUUCCAUCAAUAAGCGCCUCUUUCACCUUCAACUCCCCUGGAGAGUCCGGCUCCCCUGAGCCUGCCCAUCAGGAAGUGCGUCACCGUUCCCUAUCCCUUGGGAGGGAAAGGACGGCCUCUUCUGUCGUGUGGAGCAGGGACAGCGAAAUACCCAGCCUGUUACAAUCCCAGCAGGAGCCGCAAAGGCAACGGAAAAGGCAUCAACAGAAGCAGCGGCGACUUGGUCGGCUUCAGCGUCUCCGCAAGGCCAUUAGCCGUAUGGGAGUUGCCACAAAAGAGAAGAUACAGCGCCUGUGGCGACGCUUACAGCACGAGGCUUCCCGGGCAAAAGGAGCAGCACGAAAGGCAGCUGUUGCUCUUUUUAAAAGGCUUCCGAGGUUUCGAAGGCUCGGGAAUCCAUCUACAAGAGUGGAAUCAGAAGGUGCUUCAGGGCUGGCAGGAGCCGGUCUUGCCGCUGCUGCAGCAGGGUCGGGUCCUGCUGAGGAAGCUCCCAAAGGAGCCAAGGCUCUUAAGAAUAGGGGAAUUUUCACCCCUGUAAGCCCAGCCGUCUCCGGGACAAAUGCAGCAGUAAAAGAACCAGUACAAGCAGAAGCAGCAGCUCCCGUGCCCGAAGGACUUGGGCAAGAUGAAGGAGCAGAAGAAUGGCAUGAUGCAUUAACGCCUGAACAGGCUGAAGAGGCAAACGAAGAGUGGUUCGAUGCAGUAUCGCCUGAGGAGAUGAGUGUUCUACUUGGACGAGCGCGUGAAGCGGAGGAAACGCGGAAGACAGAAAUGCCGGUAAAGGAACAAUAUUUAGUGGAGGCUGAAAUGCUUGGCCUGACUCCUGAAUGCAUUAAGUACUUCCCCCGGAUGAGCAUUGGUAUGCGGAAGCUGUGCAGUGAUUGGCGCGGACACUGCAUGUUUUGGUCUUUGUUCCUGCGGGAAGGAAACCUUGGUUCCUCUUUGGACGUGAUGGAGGAGCUGGCACUUCAAACGGGCGCCUCGAUACAGAAAGCAGAACAACUCAAAGGAACAGAAACAAGCAUUGAAGCGCAUUUGCUACGCAUGACCAUCACUUUGGCGCUAGCGGUGGAAGCUCUAGCAAAGGCAGUGGACCAGAGCGGGGAGCACUGCUGGUUCACUGAUGCCGGCAACUUGUUUCUCAAGGCAAACGAAAAAGAAGAGAAGAUUUUGUAUUCCAUCCAUCCAGCGUCGUUUUUUUCCAACCCUCUUCAAUUCACAAAGCCGCUUGAGAGGCUUAUUAGGACUGUCCAAGCAGAUGCUGUCAGGUGCUUCCCUUCUCUUCUGACGGAAAUUCAGGCGCGGAGGGAUUUGCAGCAGAUUCUUGAGUCAGAAAAACAAAAGCUGGAGGCCGCUGUGAAAGAGCUGGGCGAGGAACUGACCGAACAGCAAUCGCGGGACAUGCAGCAAGCAAUAGACGAACUAGAAUUGCUGCGCAUGCGCGAGUCUUGUUCUACAGAACAAGUGUACCUCCUCGCCGCCCAAGCCAAGAAUAUCCAGCAAUUCGUCGCCGACUAUCUUGCCAACGGCCAUAACUGGUGGAAGGUGCAGUGGCCUUUCAAACUUCAGGCAUGCAGACGUCUUUCGAGGGGAAGCUCAGUCGUUCCCAGCGAUGUAGCGGAGAGCUGCCGGAAGUAUGAGUCAUUAGUAAUAUCAAAAGGGCCAGGUGAUGCUGGUUCCCUCCUCCUGUGGGUAUGGGAAGCAGGCCCAUACAGAAAAGAUUAA